AUGGUCCGUUAUCUGCCCAUGUCUGACCAGCGUUUAGACGAAAUAAGGGCAGAGACCCGGAGGGACCAGUCUCUGCGAGAGUUAUCCGAGACUAUUCUCGUAGAAUGGCCUGAAAACAAGGAACAUGCUCCAGCACUGACACACCUUUACUUCAGUGUGCGCGACGAGCUGAUCGUACAAGAUGGGAUGGUUUUCAAAGGGAGUUCCGGCGUGAUACCGAAGAGCCUUCGCGCGGAUAUGAAGCUGAAGAUUCACUCGUCCCACCUCGGAAUAGAGGCGUGUCUGAGGCGUGCGCGCGAAUGUAUCUACUGGCCAGGCAUGGCUGCAGAAAUGAAACUGUACAUCUCCGCGUGUGAAACGUGUAGAGAACUUGACAGCACUACCCACACAAAGGAGACACUGAUGUCCCACGAAGUCCCAUCUCGUCCUUGGGCGAAGAUUGCCACAGACAUCUUUACCCUUGAUGGCAAGGAUUACCUAGUCACCAUAGACUAUUACGGCAAUUUCUGGGAGGUGGACAGGUUGCCAAACAGCAAAGCCAGUACCACCAUUCUGAACCUGAAGAGUCACUUUGCCCGCUACGGCAUACCUGCGACAAUGGGCCGCAAUUGA